AUGUCUUUGGUUGCGGCGCAUGUUUUGCCAUGUGCCGCAGAAAGAAAGCCAAAGUCUGCAGCCUCUCCGCCGUGGUGCAAGGUCUGUCCACGGUUUUUCGUGGCUCACCAGGAGCUUCAGGAGGACGCACAGAGUGGCUCCUUCUCCGGUGGAACAGCCGGCCACACCAGCACCACGCCACCGUUCACGCCUCCUUCCCCCGCCCCCCUCACACUUAUAGAGGUGACCCCAGAGGAGGAUAGUCUGCCCCACAUGGACCGGGCCCUGUCAGAGUCUGUCCCCAAAGACCUGAAUGUUCUGCUCCCUGCCCAGACCACAGAGGAAGACCAGACCAGAGAGGAAGACCAGACCAGAGAGGAAGACCAGACCAGAGAGGAAGACCAGACCAGAGAGGAAGACCAGACCACAGAGGAAGACCAGAUCAUAAUUGAAGUACUGACCUCAGAUGAGUCCAAAACAUAG